AACGGUUUGAGGUGGAAUACGAUCGAUCGUUGCUGGUUGACUGUGGUGGGUGUGAGCACUCAGGUGGGAGAUGCGGCUCUAAUAGCCGCCCCUCCCAGUUUGUCUGCUAUUGCCGUGACAGAGUUCAAUUUCUUAAUUGUGGUCCAAACCGAAACGACUCAAAAUCAGUCGCUUUUUAUGCAGGUCGAAAGGACAGAAGAUCCAAAGUGAUGACAAUAGCAUUUGCUAGUAGUUUAUCUGCGAUAAUUGGAGUUCUGAUAAUUGGCCUAUGCUUCAAGAAAAAAUUGAGAUCCAUUAAGAUUAUUCAGUUUUUUAAUAAGGAGAGUCUAAUGCAUCAGAGUGUCGAGACAUUUCUAAGGAACAAUGGACCUUUUUCAAUAAGAAGAUACAGUUACUCAGAUAUCAAGAAAAUGACCAACUUCUUCAAAGAUAAAUUAGGCCAAGGAGGGUAUGGUUGCAUCUAUAAGGGAAAGUUACAAGAUGGUUCUUUUGUAGCAGUGAAAGUUUUGAAAGAAUCAAAAGGCGACGGAGAGGAAUUCAUUAACAAGGUUACAAGCAUUAGUAGGACCUCCCAUGUCAACAUUGUUACUCUUAGAGGCUUUUGCUUCGAGAGCUCUAAAAGAGCUCUCAUCUACGAGUUUAUGCCUAAUGGAUCUCUCGAGAAGUUCAUAUACAAAAAAGCUUCACAAAAAAUUGACCAUCAAUUGGGAUGGGAAAAAUUAUAUAUGAUUGCAGUUGGCAUAGCUCGAGGAUUAGAGUACUUACAUAGAGGUUGUAACACAAGAAUCUUGCAUUUUGACAUUAAGCCUCACAACAUUCUUCUGGAUGCAAACUUAUGUCCAAAGAUCUCUGAUUUUGGCCUUUCAAAAAUAUGCCCAAGAGAAAAUAGUAUCAUAUCAAUGUUGGGUGCAAGAGGGACUGUGGGAUAUAUAGCUUCGGAAGUAUUUUGUAGAAUUUUUGGAGGGGUCUCUCAUAAAUCUGAUGUUUAUAGCUACCGAAUGAUGGUUUUAGAAAUGGUUGGGGGUACAAAUAAUAUAGAUGUUGAGAUUGAUCAUACCAGUGAAACAUACUUUCCACAUUGGAUAUACAGGCACCUUGAGCUAGAUAAAGAACUAUGGAUGCAAGGCAUCAUAAAUGAAGAGGAUGAACAAAAUGUAAAGAAGAUGAUAAUAGUGGGUUUGUGGUGCAUACAGACCAACCCAUCAAAUCGGCCAACAAUGAGUAGAGUUGUGGAUAUGCUGGAAGGAAGCCUCAACUCUUUGCAAAUCCCACCGAAGCCUUUUUUGUUUUCCUCGUCACGAUCUUUAGGUGAUUCUUUAACUGAAGUGGUUCUCCACUCUGAUUCUAUGAUACCCUAAAAACCAUAUUUUCCUCAGAAAAGGAAAUCUUAAUCCUUGAUAGUAACCGAGUAUUUGUGUGACUUAUAUCAUGUUUUAGCUUGUGAUCAAAAGACCUUAAUUACCAUGGAAGACAACUAUAUUUGAUUUGCCUCAAAUAUGCAGUAAUAUCUACUGAAUGG